CAUUCUUUCCCUCUCAUCACAUCUCAAUUUUCCUUCCUCUCUCAAUUCACAAACAAACCCUAAUUUUCUUUCUCUCCACUUUCCCUCUCUUCAAAAUGGCACGUACCAAACAAACAGCCCGCAAAUCCACCGGCGGAAAAGCACCACGCAAACAACUCGCCACAAAAGCCGCUCGGAAAUCCGCUCCGGCCACCGGAGGAGUGAAGAAGCCACAUCGUUUCCGUCCUGGAACCGUCGCUCUUCGUGAAAUCCGCAAGUAUCAGAAGAGCACCGAGCUUCUCAUAAGGAAGCUUCCAUUCCAAAGAUUGGUUCGAGAAAUUGCUCAGGAUUUCAAAACGGAUCUCCGUUUUCAAAGCAGUGCUGUUUCUGCUCUUCAAGAAGCUGCUGAAGCUUAUCUUGUUGGUUUGUUUGAGGAUACGAAUCUUUGUGCUAUUCAUGCUAAGAGGGUUACUAUUAUGCCUAAGGAUAUUCAACUUGCGAGAAGAAUCAGAGGCGAAAGGGCUUAGAUUUAGGGUUUAGAUGAGAUUAGCAGGAUCUAUAAUUAGGGUUGUGUUCUUAGGUUUGAUGUAUCUUUUGUGACUUUAGUCUGAUUUUCAAUGUGUUUGUUAAGAAAUUUAAUCUAAUGGCUUUUUUAUGAUGAUGAAUCUUGAAUGUUAUUGGGUUCUUUUAUAAAUGCUAUGUUAAUUUUAAAGCUGA